GUUUGCAGCUCAACUGGCUUUCAGCACAAGAGGUUCUGUUCCUUAUCCGCAGCGGGUCUAGGAAUUCUUGUACCUUUGGGUGUCUGCUUUGCGACACGUUCUUUUGCAUCUGCUCCUAUCCGCCUAUACAGCUAGCCAGUUCAAAAUGGGCAAGAAAGCGUCUCGCCCGCCCGCGACGAAAACUUCCUCCGCUGCGUCGCCCGCGGCAUCCGGCCUCACAUAUACCGGGAAUAAGUCAUCGAUACUGAAGGCUUCGUUUGCCCCGUCGGAAUACCAAUUGGCGCUUUUUGCAUCGGUCAUCCAGGGUCUCGAUGCUCAGCAUCUCCGCAUCCACGAUACGAAUACCGGACGGUUACAAUGCGAGCAUGUCUUGGGUCCUAAGGAGACCGUCACUUCCCUAGACUGGGGUUACUACUCCAGCACAAAGAAGGAGCGCGAUCAGCAGUCUAAGAAGAAGAGAAAGAGACCUUCCGACGUCAAUGGCAACGGGUUCGACCAGGGAGACGUAGUGGUUGCCAUUGGUACCAGCGCCUCCGAAAUCCGCAUGUACUCGCCUGUGGAGGACAAGAUCGUCGGAACGCUUGCAAACGGACACGAGAAAGGUAUCAGAGACUUCAAGUUCACCUCCGGCCGACCUGGACAGGAGGGUUGGAGUAUCGGCGGUGAUAAUAAGCUUGUGCAGUGGGAUCUGUUCACCGGGAAGACGACCAGGACAAUUCAUAUUCCCAGCACAUCGGCCCUCAGCACACUUGCGCGCCCGCUUCCCUCGAACCCACCUGUUAUCUGCGCCUCUCAGACCCCGUACGUCGUUAGCGUAGAAAAAGAUGAAGCCCCAGUCACUUUCGAUGCGAUGCGGAACCCGAUCAAGAACAUCAUCCCUUCUUCUACGGAUUCUGCCGCUGCCGGACUGUUCCUCGCUGCUGAUGGCGACCGUUACAUUACUGUUUUCGAUGUCGAGAAAAGAAAGCUUGCCCUGAACCUCGUGGCCGAGAAUGGUGUAUCAUCAGUGUCUCUGUACACUGGUGCGGAACGGAAGGGUAUUACUCUGCCGGCAGAGAAGCAGGUCAUCGCCGCGGUCACCGAGGAUGGCACCAUCGAACUCUUCACUCGGCCCUUCGUGCUGCCGAACGAUCAGUCCAAUGCAAAGGGCGCCGCUAGCCUCAAGGCCAGAUCGAAGCAGGCCAUCCGGAGAGCUGAUUCUCAAAUCAAGGUGACUGUGUCCGCAACGUCGAAUGCCCUGGUUUCCAUUGUGGCCGCUUCGUUCGAAGGUCCGGAUUUGGUUGUUGCUUGGGCCGAGGGCGGCGUUGUUCCAGUUUUCGAGCGGAUCAAGUGGCUCAACGAAGAGACGGACGACUUGCUUUUCACAGGCACCAAGCAGAUUGUCAAGUCCAAGUCGGGUUCGGUUCUGGGAUCGGUUACGACGAACGGAGCGAGAGCCGCUAACGAGAACCAAGUCGACGAGUCCAAGGCAGUUGUGGAACAGGGAAAUGUUAUUGAAGACGAUAUUGAGAUGCAAGAUUCCAAGGAUGCUGCUUCCGUGGCUGGCAGCGACGAGGAGUCGGACGACGAGGAGGCGGAACCCAAGCAAAAGAACGAAUCCAAGCAGUUGCAGAAGAAGACUGACGCGGACAGCGAUGUCGAGAUGGGCAAUGCACAGGAAUCCGGCUCGGAGGAAGAUGAGGAAGAUGAGACAGGCGAGCCUUCUUUCGGGGAGCUCAUGCGCGCCAACCAGGAGGUUGACGUGGAGGCUGAGCUUGAGGACGACGUUCAUAUGGGAUCGCUUGUUCCAGGCAAGCCCAGCGCAGCCGUGCAGCAGAUUCCCACGGGCGUGUCCCUUUCCACCGUACUCACCCAGUCCCUUAAAACCAACGACAACGCCAUGCUUGAGUCCUGCUUCCACACUGGCGAACUUUCCAUCAUCCGCUCCACCAUCCAGCGUCUCGAUUCCUCUCUUGCAGCGACCCUACUUCAGAAACUCGCAGAACGCCUCUCCACUCGGCCGGGUCGCUAUGGUCACCUACUCGUGUGGGUGCAAUGGACCUGUGUCGCCCACGGUGGAGCUCUCGCCGGCAAGCCCGAGCUUCUGAAGCGGAUGUCCACCCUCUUCAAGGUCAUGGAGCAGCGCUCCUCCAGCCUUCCUUCUCUGCUCCUGCUCAAGGGCAAGCUGGACAUGCUGGACGCACAGCUUGGCCUGCGCCGGUCGAUCCGUGGCGGUGAAGAGGCCAUGGAGAGCGAGGAUGAAGAGAACAUCAUCUACGUGGAGGGCCAAGAAGAGGACGAGGACGAGGACAGCGACGUUGACGCCAAGAACAUGACCACCCCACGGAAGUCCAUACGCGACCAGGCCUUCGACGAAGAGGAGUCUAUGAUGAACGGUGUCCAGACCGGCGACGAGUCCGAGGACGAGGAAGACGACGGUAGCGAAGAAGAAGAGGAAGAGGACGAGAACAUCCUCGACGUGGAGGCGGAGGAGUCCGCCGGAUCCUCCGACGCCGAGGAGUCCCUAGAGGAAGAUGAGGACGAGGACGACGAGGAUGCAGAGAGUGCCGGAUCGAUGGUAGAUUUCAUUGCGGACACGGAAGACGAGGAGUCAGAGGACGAACAAGCACUGUCGACCUCGAAGCCGCCACCGUCCAAGAAGGCCCGACUGAGCGGCGGAGGUCGAGGAAAGGGGAAGAACAAGGGCAGAAAAUAAAUGCAAUCGUCGAUUGAUUGAUUGACUGAUGAGAACCCGAACCCUUCGACCUCCCCUGUAGAUCUUAUACCCUGUUCAUCAGCACUGUGUGUCCCCGGAUGAUGGUCUUGAUUUAUACUACUAUUUCUUUUUACCACAACCACUACUACUACUAUCCUCCCACUAAAAGUCAGAGAACGGACAAGGAACAAGGCCAAGGAUUUUCAUAUUUUGUUUUACGUUUGUUGGUUAUAUCUAUCUAUCAUCUUCUUGUUUCAUUAUAACAUGCAUCAUUGCUAGACUUUGGAAGGGGAGGGCUAAGGAGCGGAGUACUAUGAAUAUAUAUUAUGAUUCAUUUGAUUCCAG